AGCAACAGACAAAUCUUAAACUCAUCCAAUAGAAAGCAAAGCUUUUUUCUCCGUUUGGUGAGUCAGGUUGUAAUCUUUAACAAAUCCAAAGGGGCUGUCCAGUGAUGUCAACUGACCAGCAGCAGAGUUUUAUUUAGGACUGUGGCUCCUCAGAUGCUCACCAGCAGCUGUUGUGAAUGUGUGUGUGUGUGUGUGAGCGCAUGUGAGGCCUUGUCUGGACUUUCCCAUUCCUCUGAUCGAACAACUUUGUCUGGACAUCAGUCACAAUGACUCUGCAGUGGACGGCUGUGGCUUUCUUCCUCUAUGCAGAAAUAGCAGUCAACCUCAUCUUGUGUAUACCCUUCAUAUCAGCAAAGAGAUGGCGUUCUGUAUUCAACUUGAGUAUAUGGAACUGGUUAUCUCCAUAUUGGAACAAAUGCUUCUUUACCAUGAUCAUGGUUCUUAUUGUUCUUUUCUGUGAUGCUGUCCGUGAGGUGAACAAGUACUCAGGUCCUGAGUCCAUGCAGGAUGCCAAGGUGAACCCAAAUGUGUACGACCAUGUCCACAUGAAGCUGUUCAGAGCGCAGAGGAACCUCUACAUAUCUGGCUUCUCUAUCUUCCUCUGGCUUAUCAUGCGUCGAGUUGUCACCUUGCUAAAUCAGGUUGCUGUCACCUUGGAGAACAGUGCAGGUCUUGAAGCGCAGAUGGACAAUGCUGUCAAAGCAGCUAAGCAGCACCAGGACGACAACCUGAUGCUAAAACAAGCUCUCCUGGAUGAGGAAAAAUCCACGUCAGCAAAAAACCAGCAACUGAAGCUGGAAGUUGAGAAGCUGGCAAAUCAAGUGAAGGCUGCUGAGGAGGCUCUGCGCAAGUCUCAUGCUGAAGUGGAGGCCAUGAGGAGGCAGGCUAAAGGCCUGGCACAAGAGUAUGACAGAUUAUUGACGGAACACCAUCAACUCCAGAAUCUCCAGAGUGCUGCAGACAAAAAAGAUCAGUAACCACAGAAAAACCGCGACACACGUUGUCAGGUGUUUGUUCCAUGGAUAACUUUUCUUCUCAUUACACUACACUGUACUUUAUGCAGUAGGCCAUCAGAGGCCAUGUCUGUAUUAGCUUUUACAACUUUAUUUUCCUCUUUAAUGUUUGAACUGAAGCUUGUUUUUGUUUUUUAUUUAUGUUGAAUGCUGAAUUCUUACUAAAGUUAC